GAUGACAUUACUAAUACGCAAAUGGAGGAGAAGACACUUAGCAACGGAUCAAAAUGUCGAAGAAUUUUUGCAAUCUAACAAUUUCUUGCCGAUAAGGUAUUCUUACUCGGACAUCAAGAAAAUCACAAGUGGCCUUAAGGAUAAACUAGGCGAGGGAGGGUACGGGUCCGUGUUCAAAGGAAGACUCCGGAGCGGCCGUGAGGUGGCGGUCAAGAUUCUAAAGAAGGGAAAAACGAAUGGGCAAGACUUCAUCAGUGAAGUAGCUACCAUUGGUAGAAUUCAUCAUGUUAAUGUUGUUGGACUCAUUGGUUAUUGCUUUGAGGGCUCUAAACAAGGUCUUGUCUACGAUUUCAUGCAUAAUGGAUCUCUGGAUAAGCACAUUUUCUCACGAGAACAAGGGAUUUCUCUUGAAUGCAAGGAAGUGUAUGAGAUUGCUCUCGGAGUGGCUAGAGGGAUUGAAUAUCUUCAUCGAGGAUGCGAUAUCCAAAUUUUACACUUUGAUAUUAAGCCUCAUAACAUUCUUCUAGACGAGGAUUUCACCCCAAAAGUUUCCGAUUUUGGGCUCGCAAGAUUGUAUCCUACGGAUUACAACACCGUGUCUUUGACUCCCGCGAGAGGAACCUUAGGGUACAUGGCUCCUCGAGCUCGUCUUCAAGAACCUUGGAGGCGUCUCUUACAAAGCCGAUGUCUAUAG